AUGCCUUUCAUCAUUUCUUUCUCUUUUUUGGUCGGGGCUAUCGUGGCACCAGUCUCGGCAAGCAUAUAUCCAGUCAAUGUGCCCUCUGGGUUCUUUACUGGUGCUCAAACUGGUAUUGGUUCAUGGUAUCGUGCCUCUUCGAACCCCGAUUCUACAAACGGACAGAGCUGGUGUGGCUACAAAUACUACAAUAGCGAUCCGGUUUUCGCAGUCUCUUUGAAAGCAAUGGGAGGGGCUACAUGGAACAGUAACCCAGAUGCCUGGAGAGCCCAGACUCGAAAGUAUUGCGGCCUCGAAGCCAAGGUCACCGACCCAGUCACAGGCAAAUCCAAGCUUAUGUACAUUGGAGAUUCUUUCGAUGAUGGUUGGGUCAGAUCGCCGGGUUCCAUUGACAUCAUGAUUGAUGCUUUCUCUGCAAUCCAUGGUAACCCAAACGGAAACAAGAACGACGUUAUUAAGGACGUCCAAUGGGAGUUCACAGGUAACGUUAACACCCAGUAUGCCGCACCGGGUGCAUCGUGGCCAGCCAAGUCAGGCUCUUCUGGAUCUGGAACAUCAGAUGGCGCACUGGGCUCCAAGUGCGAUGGAAACACCAAGCUGUGUAAGAGCGGGCUCACAUGUCUCAGCCCUGAUGGUAUCUGCAGUGAUCAGGCUUGUAACUGGGGAUGCCAAGGGUGGUCUUGUAGUGCUAGCGCUCCCUGCCAAAAGCCUACGACGUGUGUCAGCGGUGUUUGCAAAGCUUAA